CAGAUGCGUGUGCGCGCAGGCGGAGGAUCGCCGCGGAGCCGUACCGUGUAGCAGGCACAAGCCGCUGGGCGCGCAGGAGAAGCCGCAAAAAAAUCCAGCAGCCGCUGCUUGAAGCUGCCAGGAGCGCAGAGAACGUGUCGGAACUUCAGUGCACACGAGGCCAGUGAUACAAAAUGGGAGGCAAGCUCAGCAAAAAGAAGAAGGGGUACAGUGUAAACGAUGACAAGGCUAAAGACAAGGAUGCCAAAGCAGAGGGGGCCUCAGCAGAGGAGAGCGAAGCACCGAAAGACAACAAGGACGGGGCUCCAGCUGCCGGUGAUGCUAAGGAGAUAGCUAAUGACACGGCAGCCAAGGAGGCGCCAGCAGCUGAUGCCGCGGCACCCAAAGAGGAGGAAAAGAACGCAGCUCCUGCCGCAAAGGAGGCAGAGAAACCUGCCGCCAACGCUGAGCCCAAAACGGAGGCGCCCAAGAGCGCAGAGCCCGCCAAGGCCGAGGAGAAACCAGCCGCCCCUGCCCCGGCCAAAGAAUCGGCCCCGGCCGCGAAGGAAGCCGAGGCUAAGGCCGCGGCACCCACCCCUGCAGCCGAGAGCAAAGAUGAGGCCGACGCCAAAAAGACUGAGGCCCCUGCGGCACCAGCAGCCAAAGCCGAAGCGGCCCCCGCUGCCUCCCCCGACCCCAAGCCUACAGAGGCAGCGGCAGCUCCCGCCCCAGCAAAGGAGGCCACCCCUGCUCCUAGUUCAACACCAGCCGCCGAACCUCCCAAGGAGGCAAACGCCACAGAGGCACCAAGCAAGGAUCAAACCGUAGCAGUUCAAGAUUAAUGGACAGCCACUUUUCGGAAAUGAAGAAAUAAAUUACCUAACUCAACAACGAUGAAGAUUAAAAAAGAAAGAAAGAAAUUUACUAGUCCACCCAUAUUAUGAUAAUAACAAUAAUAAUAAUAAUUGUAAUGAUGAAGAUUUGUUGAUCGAGGAGGACUGAAGCAACCACCUGGAGAAGUUUCCCACCGCUGCAGAUGAUUAUUGCUAUUAUUAUUGUUAUGUUUUAUUCUAUUUUUUUUCUGCCGUAGUAUUUGAACUUUGAUACGAGUGUAUGUCGGCCAUACGCCUCGCCAUUUAUCCGCCAUUCCUCUCGCUCAUACAGUCCCACAAAGUUUGGCCUGAUUCCCACGUCAGCCCACAGAAGGCUCCUGCAUUCGAUCUGUGGACGUCUAAAUUUUGGGGUUCUGAUGGAGGGAAGGGGAGAGGUUAAGAAAACACCUUACCAGCUGGACUCAAGUCGAAUCUGUCCCCUCUUCGGCUCUCCCUCUUCCUCUCAUCCUCCUCGUCAGAAUAUUGUGAUUUUGGCUCUGGCCUGGUACCUCCAGCUUUUCAGUGCUGUGGAGUCGUGGUUGUGGUCGUGCGUGAUUGUGUGUGGUAUUGUCGGGUUGUGUUGCUUCCUAUUUUUCUCUCUAAAAAGAUCCCACUUUCUUUGAAGAGCUUUUACUUGGAGAUUCAUUGUGAGGACUGGGAAUUUUCAGGCUUUCUAAGGCAUUUCGCAAGGUUGGUAAAGGUGGGCUUUGCAGAGAGAAAAAAACAACAUUAGACAUUAAACAGUUGUAGGAUUUUUCAGAUAAACUUCUACAUUUUGUACUGAAACCCUUAGCUAUAUUGUUAGUAAACUAAGUGGGUUUUUUAACAUUUGUAUUGCUUAGAUAAUCUGCAAAGCCUCGCUGAAAAGAUCUCUAAAAUGUUCUUAGAAAGUUCAAUGCAAGCCUCUCGUCCUCGAGCAAAAUCUGAAGACAAAUUAGAGUAAAAAUUAUCGUAUACGUUUUUUUUGUUUGUUUGAAAAGACAUAUCUUUUGCUGACCUGGGUGAAGUAGACAGUACGGUCACAUCUUAGAGGUUGUUUGAACUUGCUUAAAAUACCAAGAAGGUGAUGUUUGCUCCUUCAUGGGUAGAGCUCAGUUAGUGAAUGCUCAGUUGUGCCUUUGUAACCUAAAUAGACAAGACUGGCACUCAAACAUCCUGUGAUUGUCUGGAAGACAAAUCAUUUCCUUAGCGAAGGUAAAAGGGCGUAAAACUGACUGCAAGACACACUUUCGAUUCAAGUAUUAGCAGCACAAUAUGUUUCUGAAAAAGUCAACAGUGGAUUCUUUUACUUUGAAAUAAAAUUGUUACAUGCUCACAUACAAUCUCCUGACACGGAAAUUUCAACAGUUAAAAAAGACACUAUCCAACUAGUAGAGCCGUUUCAUAUUCAAGUUUAAUGGCCCUACCAGAGCAAACCUUACAGCACUAAAGCAGUCUGCCCUGUUGAGCAAACCUCACCCUUUUGGUAUCAAAGCAGUGAAAAGGCCUUAAGCGAGAGCACUCACAAUGCUGUUUGACCCAGGUCUGAUUUACUGGGUUUUGAAUCAGUGUAGCUUUCCACCACUAACAGUCUGAUACCACUGAAGAACAGGCAGGAGGCAGGAUUUCAGCAAACGAUCAGAGCCAUCAGCAACCAAUUCAGUGUAAUAUGGUCCAUGUUUCUAAGGCUGGAAGGAAAGGCCUUGCACAUGGAAGGGAGCCUCUGAUUUAGUCAUUAUCGCCAUUCGUGCAUUUUCCUUUACUGUUUGGAAAUAUAGGUUACAUGUAUGUACAUCUGUGCAGUGGUGGAAGGAAAAGUACUAAAGUACACCUUUGAUACAUUAAAAACUAGCAAUAUUGAUAGAUGUCUCCACCCAAAUUUAUUUUUACUGUAAACACCAAGCACACUUUUGAAAACACCCAGCUUCCACCGCUUGAGGAACUUUUUUUAAAAGCCAAAACACUUUGGUGUAAAACCGUAAACAGUGUGAGACUUUGAAAGGAUCAUGAUAUUUUUGGUCAUGGCAGUGGAGUCCUGCAAACAAAAAUAGCUUGGGACUAAACUUCCACAGCAAAACUUUAGGAUUCCAGCAAAGGAGAGACUUAGGUUGAGUUGCGAUGGACGAGGGGAGGACGAUGUAGCAUAGAAGAAAGUAGAAGAGACAUAAAUGGCACGUGAUCCAGUGGGUAUGCCAACAACAGUAUGCAUCAAAUAUGACGUCUUACCCAAGUGUAUUAGAACCACAUUGCACAGUGUGGCUCAAAUUGCAUGUAUGGAGACCUUUAAGGGUUUUUAGUGGGAGUAAUCUUGCACAGAGAUGGAUGCUUAGAAAGCAGCAGUUGUGGUAUUGACUCCAUUCUUGGUUUUUCAGUCGUGUUCAUCACUUGUGCGAGUAGGACGUGGCGGUUGUUCGGCAUGGUGUUAACUCCACCCAUCCUCCGCUACUAAUGAAUUACCUGGUUAAAAAAGUUAAGGUGACAUUACAGCGUUUUACAGAGCUGAGCAUCCUUAAACUCUCAGCAACCAGCAAAAACCAGCCCAUUCAGAUUCACACAUGUGCAGGUUUACAGUGAUACUGAGACAGUUCUAACUUGCCACAUGUGGACGUUUAAAGACCCCAUAGCAUCACUUUUAAAUGCACUGGUUAAGUGUAACCCAAAUUUCUGUCUUGUACUAAACCUGUGUGCAUGUACGUCAUGCUGCUUGUGUCUUUAGCACAGUGCAGUUAUGCAGCACUCUCAGUGCAAACUAGUGAAAAUAGAAUACACCGGCCCAGGAAAGACAAAGGAGGGAUUUUUAUCAUUGAUACUACAGUAGAAACAUUUUGAUGAUUAUCAUAUGAGAUGAAAAAGGAAGAAAUGACAGUGAAAGAAAACCAGCAGGACAGAUGGAAGGAAGAACGUGAAGGACAAGAAAGCUCAGAUUUUAGAUUGUACUUCAUGAUGAACACAGUGGACGAAGUAGUACGACUUUAUUGAGCUAAAUGCUUUUGCACAAAACAGUCAAGUAAGGUACCAGCAACCCAAAAUUGUGCUUGGCUUAUUCAAACCAACAUUCGUCUUUCCACCUUUGCAUGUAUGUAAGUAUAUGUAUAUAUAUAUUUAGUCAUCUCAGCCAUCCAUCUGCCACUUUUCAGUUCCAUCCAUGUGACGUUCAGCGUUUUCCUCCCAGCACUCGUCAAACCGUAGCAGAAACAAACACUCGAGGAGCGCCGCUUGUCACUUGGCUCAGUUUUUUCUUCCUCUCUUGACUCAGUAAUUUGCAUGUCCGUGGUUGGGUGAACCUGUAGUCCUGUCUUUUUGGUCAAGUGGAAAAAAUUAUAAUUUUUCAGUCUGCAUCCAUGGCAACUACAGUUGAUAUUUUCAUCCCAUGUUUCAUCACUGCUACUUCCACACCACACGUUCAGACAAACAAACAAAAAGAUGAUAUGGAAAUUGAUGCAUUCAAAAUUAUAUGUACUUGUAUAAAUGGUGGAACAGUAAUAAAAUGUACUAAAUUGACUUGA